CAGCCCUAUUCUCAUUGCACUCUCUUGCCUCUACUCUGGUCUCCUUUUCUCUGAUCUCCGAGGCAUUCAGGGUUCACCCUGCGCCUCUUUGUUACUUGUCCGUUUUUUUCGAACACUUCAUACUAUCAAGAUGGGAGAAGAAUUUAGGUGCUUCGUCGGGGGCCUGGCUUGGGCCACCACCGACGACCGUUUGGAGCAAGCGUUCCGUCCUUUCGGAGAUGUUAUUCAGAGCAAGGUAAUCUCCGACAGGGAAACUGGAAGGUCUCGCGGGUUCGGUUUCAUCACGUUUGCUGACGAGAACGCCAUGAACGAAGCUAUUAAAGAAAUGAAUGGAAAGGAGUUGGACGGGCGUAACAUCACUGUGAACCAAGCGCAGUCCCGUGGAGGAGGCGGCGGUGGAGGUGGUGGCUACGGAGGAGGCGGUGGUGGACGCCGUGAAGGUGGUGGCGGCUAUGGUGGAGGUGGUGGUAGCUACGGUGGGAGUGGUGGUGGUGGGUACGGAAGUCGCCCGUCCUAUGGAGAUCGUGAGGGUGGAGGCGGUGGUGGUUACGGAGGCCGCGGAGGUGGUGGCAGUGGUUAUGGAGGUCGCGGAGGUGGCGGGGGUUCCGGGAACUGGAGGAUCGAACGCCAGAGCGAUUAUUAGAGCCGUCAAAGGUGGUUGAAGCCUCUGGUGGUUUAAGUAACAUUCCGGAUUCACGAAUGGAUGACGCUCUGCGCUCGGAAAUCUGCGGGUCUCGGAUCGGAUAACUGGUGACAAGACUACUGCAAGGGGGUUGCCGAAGGGAAAGACACUGAAGGAUUUUACUGUUUGGGGCCGGGAGAGAUGCAACUGUUCACUGGGGAAAGCCACUUGAGAUUUAACUGUCCUUUCUGCGGGGGUCGCUGGACCUGCCUGCAGGUCGCGUUAGUGGCGACAUGUUUGUCGACUUGUUUCUUGUUACUUGUUUGUUUUUGUGCUCUUUCUGCAGUGCAGAGCAACGGAUCGUCCUUCACUGUUCCUGAAGUAGGAUAACCACCCGUGGUACUCUGAUAUUUUUUUGCCUUGAGCUCGUUCUGAUCUGUUUCUUGUAAGGAUGUCUUAAGAUUUUGGUCUCACUGUAGUAGGAUGAACUUCCGGCGGGGCUUUAGCUCUUUCUGGCAGAGUCGUUCUGUAUUUUAUCUAAGGUGAAACUUAGAACGCUGGAACGACAUGAUACCUGUGAGUUCUUUUUUCGGACAUUGUUCAUGUGUCUCUUAUACGAAGAUUUGAAACUUCUGAAACAAUACUUCGAGACCUCA